AUGUCCGAACAGACCUUCCACACGACCAGCGAAGACGUCCGCAAGCUAGAGGCCAAAGAAUCCAAGUUCCACGACGGCAAGACGCCCAAGGACUCCGAUACGUCGGCAUUGAAGCAAAUCCUGUCCGAACACGAGCCCAAGCAAGAACAGAUCGACCGCGUCAAGGCCAAUUUGCCUCUUCCAGAACAGCCCUUUGGCGGAGCCAGUGCCGACCUCCAAUCCGCAGACCAACGGACCGUCAAUGUCGGCAGCGGUGGUGUCAAUGUCAAGUUGGGCACAGGCUCGGCUUCGGGUCUGAGAGAGCCCGCGACCGCGGACAGCAGUGCGAGAGUCGACGGCGAGCAAUGGAAGAGGCCCACAGAGCCGUAA